AUGACUAACUUUCAAUUGAAGGAAACAGUCAGAACUAACAGAAUAAAGUCGGUUGUGUUUGACAUGGAUGGUACAUUGUGCCUGCCACAACCUUGGAUGUUCGUAGAGAUGAGGAAGUCCAUUAGUCUGCACGACAAGUCAGUUGAUAUACUAGAUUUCAUCAAAUGGUUGCCGACUGAAGAAGCUAGGGCAGUUGCAAGCAGUAACAUUGCAAGUGUUGAAAACAAAGCAAUGUUAGAGAUGGUACCUCAACCUGGAUUGAUUCCGUUAUUGAAAUAUUUACAUCAAAAUAACAUCAGUAAAAAUAUAUGCACACGAAAUUUGAUUGGUCCAGUCCAUUACUUCAUAUCUAAUUUCAUUGAACCUACCGUGUUGCAAAAUUUCGAAAAUAUUCUGACUCGAGAUUUCGUACCCACAAAACCAAAUCCAGAUCCUAUACUGAACAUCAUGCAAAAGUUAGACCUGCGAGCAGAUGAAAUAUUAAUGGUGGGGGACUCGAUGGAUGACAUGCUCAGCGGCAAAGCAGCAGGAUGUACAACAAUCUUAUUAGAAAAUGAGAUAAAUAAGCACCUCAAAGAUACGAACAGGGAAUAUAUAGACAUAGUGGUUAAAGAUUUAUCCGAAAUAAUCGAUAUUAUUGAGCGUCUAUAA